AAUUUUUUGACAUUAAAAGAAGGGUUGCCAAAUUUGAAUAUUACUUACAAUAUUUAUCGUUUAAGAUCAUUUAUAUGAUAAUAUAUUGUUAAUAUAAUCUAUAAAUAACGAAAUAUCCAUAAAAAAAGGUAUAGAUAACAAUAAUCGUGAAAAAAUUAUACUUCCCUUGUAUAUUACCAACAUUAGUGUUAUAUUAAUCUGUUGAUCAACUCACAAGUGAUUUUGUCUGAUCGUGAGAUUCAUUCUAAAUAUUUCUUAGCUAAUUUAAUUUUGCAAUACUCUUUAAAAAAUAUAAUCAACAACUCUAUUUAGGACGUUUCACAAAUUCACGGAUUAUAAUGUCCGUAGCGCAGUUCCUCGAAGGAUUACCUUCCUAUAACGAAAAUAAUUUUACUAAAUUUCACGUUGAUAACAAUAAUAGAACACCAUUAAAACGCCCUUCCGUGUAUGUGCCUACUAAAGAAUACCCAUCUGAGCAAAUAAUUGUCACAGAGAAAACUAGUAUUUUAUUAAAAUAUAUGCAACAACAUUGGGAUAAAAAAUAUAAUUCGAAAAAGAGGGACGUUAGUCCACAGUCGCAUGAACCAUCUAGGAAAAAACCGAGAACGGAUCCCAACAAUACCAGGGAUUACGGAAUGAGCAUGAACGAUUUUUAAAUCCGUUUUUAAAAACUUUUGUUUCUGAUUUAGGAUAAUUUUUAGGAGACAUUCAUUUUUGUGGACACAAAAAAAUAUAUAUUGCAUUUAAAAUUGAUAUAAGUACGUUAUUUUACUUUUUUUUACAUAUAUAUCGAAAUGUUAUACAAACGGAAACGAUUCUUUAAAAAAAACUUCUUUAUUACAAAUUUGUUGUAUAUCAGUAAAAAUGAAAUUAGCAUGAACUUUUUCAACUGACCUUGUAUAUUCUUGGUUUUUUAUCGAUUUUGGAGAUGAAAAUAAACUAAAAUUAUAUAAAAAACCAAUAUUUUGUACUAUUCUGUAGUCUGACAAUGUUUCAGAUCAGUAUUUUAUUAUUUUAGAAUUAUUAUAUGAUUAAGGGAUGUUUUUGUUUAUAGUACUUCUCAUUAAUUUGAACAAAUAAAAAGUCUGUCGAAUUCUCAAGUAAUUUUUUAUUGAAAAUUGUUAUUAAACCUAUAUUUUCAGUGAUUUACUUCGUACUAAUCACCAAACUAUCUAUAUAGAAGUCAUUUAGACAGGAAUAACCUAGUAUCUUCUACCUAGUAUCAGAAAACUGUCUCUAAACUAGUAGUUCUUCUAUUUUGUCUUGUUAGAACUACUAAAAAGUUGCCCAAAUUCGAAUUAUUAUAAAUACUGUUCCCUAAAUGGUUUGUUGUGCCCCUUUUUUCUAUUUAGUAUCCGAAAACUGUCUCUAAACCUUGUAGUUCUUCUAUUCCAGACUGCUAGGACAUUGGUUUCAAUUUUUUUUAUUUAUUUCAAUCAGUAAUUAAAAUUACAUAUUCUAUGAACUAAUUUGAUAGCUGUAGGUUACUCCAUUAAUGGAUUCUUCAUAAUUUUAAGUUAUUUAAUUCUGAUAAUAGUCGUUAAACCAACUGACCUCUAUAAAACUGUCUUAAUGUUAUUUGAAUCAAAUAGUGGGUGUAACAUGACAUUUCGGUGAUUUUCUGUUCUAUACUUUGGAUCUUAAUACAGCGUUUGGUUUGAUACAAACCAGGACGAGCUGGAGGAAUUUUUGACUGGUUUCCAUUGGAAAAAAUCACUUCCCUGACUAUAAUCCACGACGAAUAUUGUAUUAAAUUAAAUUAUAUUUUUAAUAGUACAUUAUAAUUACAACAAAUGUGGAAUUUUUUUUAUUGAUUUAAUAAAAAAAAAAUUAAUUA